AUGACAGAAAGCAGCGAUGUCAAAAGAAAAAAUGGAAUUACCAGACGUGAUCACCACUUUUUUUUCACUUUACUCAUGCGCAAACAACGAUGCUUAGUGAAGAGAAGGGGCAAUGUAGCUUCCUUUCCUGACCACAUCGCUGGUUCACAUAUUCUAGGGCAAUUUUUUUCUAUCCUGAUAGGAUUUCCCUUUAGUCUGAUGUAA